AUGAGCAGCCAUGAUUGUUUUUUUGUCUUUAAAAGGAACACUUCCCCUAAGCAAGAAGCACAUUAUUCAGUGGCUAGGCUACCACCAGUCCAUUUCAUUUCUAGUUUGAGUUUCUCAAUGGCCAAUCAAAACACUUUUCCUCUCUACCAAAAAAAUUGGGUAAAACACACUUUUUCAAGAGCAAUGGAUUCCAUGGUUCUGCUCCUACUUCUCAUGCUCCUUGGUUACCGUGUUUGCUCUCGUAGCAUCAACACAUUCCCUUGGUUUGUUGCAUUCCUAUGCGAGUCAUGGUUCACCUUCACUUGGAUCACCACCAUGAGCACAAAAUGGACUCCUGCACACACCACAACCUACCUAGACCUUCUACUUCUUCGGGUACCUGAGCUUCCACCAUUGGAUCUGUUUGUGACGACAGCAGAUCCAGUGCUUGAACCACCCAUCAUCACAAUCAACACUGUGUUGUCUCUGUUGGCACUUGAUUAUCCAGCUAACAAGCUAGCUUGCUAUGUUUCUGAUGAUGGAUGCUCCCCUCUUACCUUCUAUGCCCUUGUGGAAGCCUCUAAAUUUGCCAAGCUUUGGGUACCUUUUUGUAAGAAGUACAAUGUACAAGUUAGAGCACCGUUUAGGUACUUUUCUGAUGAAGCCACGGCCAAGGCUUACAAUGGUGACUUGCAAGAAUUUCGACAAGAAUGGUUCAAAAUGAAGGAAGAAUAUGAACAACUUAGCCGUAAAAUUCAGAAUGCGGCCCAAAUGUCGAAUCCGUGUCAGCUUGUCGGAGAAUUCGCAGUUUUCUCAAAAAUACAGCUGAAAAACCAUCCGACCAUAAUUAAGGUAAUAUGGGAGAACAAGGAAGGUCUUUCAGAUGGGUUGCCACACUUAAUCUACGUAUCUCGAGAGAAGAGGCCACAACAUCCACAUCAUUACAAAGCUGGUGCUAUGAAUGUGUUGACAAGAGUCUCAGGGUUGAUGACAAAUGCACCCUUUAUCCUAAACGUAGAUUGUGACAUGUAUGUGAACAAUCCUAAGAUUGCACUACAUGCCCUUUGCAUUUUGUUGGAUCAAAAGGGAGAAAAAGAAGUUGCAUUUGUUCAAUGUCCCCAACGAUUCUAUGAUGCAGUAAAGGAUGAUGCUUUUGGAAAUCAGCUGGUGGCUUUGCCUAUGUACAUAGGAGGUGGAUUUGCAGGACUUCAGGGGAUUAUAUACGCGGGAACAAAUUGCUUCCACAGAAGAGAAGUUAUUUACGGCCUUUCUCCUGAUCAUGCCAUUCAAAAUGCAAAGAAGGACUUUGGUUUCACUAAUGGAACAUUAUCAAAAAAGGAAUUAGUACAAAAAUUUGGAACUUCAAGGGGAUUUGUUGAAUCAGCCACUCAUACUUUAGAAGGGAAGACAUUUACAACUAAUGAUAAGCUUUUCAAAUAUCUUGAUCUUGAGGCAGAGAGCCAAGUUGCUAGUUGCGAAUAUGAAUACAGCACCGCCUGGGGUAAACAGGUAGGAUGGCUAUAUGGAUCCACGUCAGAGGAUGUACUUACUGGGCUGAUAAUGCACACAAAAGGUUGGAGAUCUGAAGUUUGUUCUCCAAAUCCUAUGGCCUUUAUGGGCUGCUCACCUCAAGACAACUUGGGUCAAAUGGCCCAACAUAAGAGGUGGUCCUCAGGGUUGCUUGAUAUCUUCCUCAGCAAGCAUUGUCCAAUUUUUGGUACAGUAUUUGGUAAUCUCCAAUUAAGAGAGUGCUUGGCAUAUAUUUGGAUCACAAAUUGGGCCUUAAGAUCUGUCCCUGAAAUAUGUUAUGCGGUUCUCCCUGCCUAUUGCAUCAUUACCAAUUCCAGUUUCUUGCCUUAUAAGGAACCCGGAAUGUGGAUCCCAGUAACCGUGUUUGUGAUCUACAACAUAUCUACUCUAGCAGAGCAUUUGAUAUCAGGGUUGUCAGCUAGAACAUGGUGGAACAACCAAAGAAUGGGAAGAAUAACCACCAUGACUUCAUGCUUUUUUGGAUUCUUGGGCAUUCUACUUAAGCGGUUGAGAAUAUCUGACACAAUCUUUGAAAUAACAAAGAAGGAACAACCAUCUUCCACGAGUGGUGAUGAAAAUGAUGGUAGGUUCAUUUUCAACGAGUCUUUGCUUUUCGUUCCUGGCACAACUAUUUUGCUCAUUCAACUCAUAGCACUGGUCACCAGCUAUUGGUGGUGGCAACCUCUAGUUAAGAAUGAGCGUGCAUAUGGGGUAGGAGAGGUGUUUUGCUGUGCAUAUUUGGUUAUUUGUUACUUGCCAUUUUUGAAAGGACUCUUCCGAAAAGGAAAGUAUGGGAUUCCAUUACCCACAAUAUGCAAGGCAACGGUGCUAGCUUUCCUAUUUGUUCACCUAUGUAAUAGUGCCGUUACCAAUUGA